AUGGUUGGAAAGAGAAAGCAACAGGAUAGUAGUGAGGAGGAGGAGGAGGAUGAUGAGGUGGAGAGCUCUCAACCAAAUGGUGGCAAUCAUAAGAGAUUGAAAAGAACUACAACGACCACGACCACGACGACCACGACAAGAUCAUCAAGCGCAUCACAAGACCCAUUCAACAGUAGUCUAGAGGAUAUAGUGAUUGAUGUGUCGAUGGAUGGUGACAUCAUCAACAACAACAAUGCUCAACAUUCACAGCCAAUCACACCAAUCUCAUCCUCAAGGAGCAGGCAACAACAGUCUAAUGGAAACGGCAAUGGCAAUGGCAAUGGCAAUGGUAAAGGCAAUGGCAACAUGAAUGGACAUGCCAGCAGCAAUGGACACGGAGCAAAGGCUGCUGCUGCUGCUGCACCCCAACAACGCAAGACCAAUACAAAGGUCCAAGAUGAAGACACUUCUGAUGAGGAGAUGGACGACGAUGUCAACGCAAUCAACGAGCAGGAUGAGUCUGAGCUCGGCAUCAUCGAGUCAAUCACUCUCGAGAACUUCAUGUGUCAUCGUCACUUUGAGAUCAAGCUCGGUCCCAACGUCAACUUUAUCUCUGGUGAGAAUGGAAGUGGCAAGAGUGCGCUACUUGUUGCACUGAUCAUCUGUCUUGGUGCCAAGGCUGGCUUCACCAACAGAGGUCACAAGCUAACAGAUCUAGUCAAGAACGACGCGAGCCAUGCACUGAUAUCUGUAAAGCUGAGGAAUAGAGGACCAAAUGCAUAUAGACCUGAAGAGUAUGGACCUUCGAUUAUCAUUGAGAGGAGGAUCAAUAAGAAUGGCCCAUCCAACUACAAGCUUAAAGAUCACACAGGCAAGAAGACCAUCUCGACAAGGUACAACGACCUCUCGCUCAUCCUAGAGGAGUUCAACAUCCAGAUCGACAACCCAAUGUGCAUUCUCAUGCAGGACACCAGCAGAGAGUUCCUCAAUGAGUCCACUCCACAGACAAAGUACAACUUAUUCCUUAAUGCUACACAACUUGGCCAGAUGAGGAAGGACUACAACUUCAUCGACGAUCAUAUCAAGAACAUUGAACAGACAUUGAGCAAGAAGACUAUUAUGAUUGGAGAGAUGGAGAAGAAGGUGGAGCAGUUGAAGGAGGAGUACAAGAGCUUGGAGGAGGUGGUCAACUUGGAACAAAAGAUCACGACCCUCAAAGAGAAGCUGGCAUGGGCAUACGUGGUGGCGUUGGAGAAGACGAUCGCCGGCAAGUCAAAGGAGUUUGAGACCUUCCAGGAGACGGCGGCCAACGAGCAGGGCGACAUGGAUGCCUGUAAUGCGAUGAUCCUAAAGAUCGAGGGCGAGAUACAGCAGGCCAGACAAAAGGCCACAGAGAUCAACGAGACUAUCAAGCCGAUCGAGGACAGGAAGGAGGCCAUUCAACUGCAGCUGUACGAGGUGUCCAAAGAGGACUCCAGGGUGGUGGCCAAGAUCGAUGAUCAGGUCAAGCGUAUGAACAUCUUCAGAGGUCGCAAGCAGAAGCAGGUCUUGGCCAUCAACGAGAUCAAGACCAAGAAUGCAAAGUCCAAGAACAAUCAGAGCAAGUACGAUGCCAUUCAAGAGAAGAACGCCAAGCUCCAAGAGGGUGAAGCCAGGGCAGACACGCUUGGCACAGAGUUAAACACAUUGAAGAGUGAUCAAUCAGACUCUUCGAGAGUGCUGAAUGAGCUGACUGGCUUGACCAAAAAUGUAAACUAUCAGAUGUCGAAGCUUCAGAAGCAGAUUGAGGGUCUCGAGGCGUCCAAGGGCGACAACUCGCGAGUCUAUGGCGAGAAGAUGCCCGCGCUGCUAAGGAAGCUCCAAGAUAACGCCAGACGCUUCAGCAGAAUGCCCAUUGGACCAUUGGGCAUGAGGCUCAAGGUCAAGGAGGAGAAGUGGGCCUUGGCCAUCGAGUCGUGCAUCACACAUCCAAUGCUCAAGUCGUUCCUCGUUGAGAACCACGCGGAUGGAGAGCUCAUAUCUGCCAUGGCCAGGGAGUUGGGCAUGCGUGACUUUGAGUAUAUCAUUGUCAAGUUUUCCAAUCAGGUCUAUCCCGAUGUACUCUCAAUGAACAUUGACCCAAGCUACCUGACCAUCCUAAGGGCAUUGGAAUCGGACACACCUCAGGUACUCAACUACUUGAUCGACGCGAGGAAGAUACACUCUUGCGUGCUGGUGGAGACUAGAGAGCAAGGAGAACAUAUUAUAUAUGAGCAGCAACCAGAUCACCUACACGACGCUCUCACCAUAACAGGAGACCGUAUAUUUACAGGAAGGUCCGGUCGCAACUUUACGUCAGCGCGUAGGGGUGCCCACGCCACCAUGCUGCGUACCAACGUCGAGGCCAUCGUCCAGUCGCUCAGGGGCGAGAUGGACAACCUGCGACCAGACUACGACAUCAAGCGACAGCAGGAGCAGCAGGCCAGGUCUGCGCACACACAGCUCACCAACGAGAUCAACAGGAAGGAGCAGGAGCUCAGCCGUCUGAACAAGAGUCUGUGGGGCAUGAGAACCGAGGUCAAGAACAUUGAGGAGACGAUCGUCGAGUCGACCGAGGACUCGACUGAGGAGUUGGAGCAGGGCAUACAUCAGAUGGACGAGGAGAUCGAAGGCAUUCAGAGGCAGAUCAAGGAGUUUGAGCAGGAGCGCAAGGGCAUCGAAGACAAGAAGAAGCCGUUCAUGCAACAGAUCAACGCCAUCGAUAGGGAGAAGAACGCCGUGCAGGCUCAACUGGAUUCGCUGGACAACAACCUCAAGGCGAUGAUGAGGAAGGAGCGCGAGUACAGACAGAGGGAGGGCUCGCUGCUGGUCAAGGCGCAGAACGUCCAGAGGAAGAUUGACGCGAUGAAGGCGCAGCUCGAGGAGGAGAAGCAGACGCUGGAAACCGAGCGCAGCAAAGCCGAGCAGUUCUGCAAUCGUGUAAAUGUGACGGCACGCGAGGUACCCGAGCUGCUCAUCAGGGAGAUUCAGGUGGCCACCAAGAAGCUGGAGGACGAGUCGCGAGGCAAGCGCAACCGUGCAGAGGUGUACGCCCAGUACCGCGACUCGCAGUCGCGUCUGCUCGAGGUCAAGGAGACGCGCGAGGUCAUAAGGAAGUUCAACCAGGAGAUGAAGACACAUCUGGACGCGCGCUUUGCCAAGUGGCAAAAGUUCCGUAUGAUGAUCUCUCGUCGUACGGCGCUCUACUUCAACAUCUUUUUGUCCAAGAAGGGCUACUCUGGCGGCAUCGAGUUCGAUCACGACGAAAAGCGACUGAAGGUCGACGUGCAACUCAAUAAGAUGGCGCCCGUCAGCGGUCCCAACAAGACGCCCGCCAAGCAGGGCGACACCAAGCAACUGUCGGGCGGUGAGCGAUCAUUCUCCACCGUCUCGCUGCUGCUAUCCCUCUGGGAGGCCAUGGAGUGUCCGUUCAGAGCCAUGGACGAGUUCGAUGUCUUCAUGGACGAAGUCAAUCGUCGUAUCAGUAUCGAUCUCCUCCUUGGCAAGGCCAAAGAGAACACCAACAGGCAGUAUAUAUUCGUCACACCACUUUCUCUUAAUCAGGCCACCCUUGAGAGGGCAGCGAACAAUCAUCGAAUCAAGUGCAACAUAAAGUAG